AAUCAUGGCAGAAGUCAUCUUUCUAACAUUACAUGACUUCCACAUUUACUGUAUGUGUGACUUCCUGCCAGAUCAGAAGUACUUUUCUAUCUGCAAUUUCAGCUACAACAACACCUGAGCCGAAAUGCAGCCUCUCCAGAGUCUGUCCACCUGACCAUUUUGCUUUACGCAUCAGCAGCGGAGCAGCUGAUGUUGUUGGACCAAAGAUCUGUUUUGAUGGUAAAAUCAUUAUGAGCCAUGUGUUGAAUAAUGUGGGACCGGGACUGAACAUUGUGGUGCUAAAUGGUGAAAAUGGAAUAAUUGAAAAAUGUGGCUACCUUAAUAUGAAAAUUGGAAACCCAGAAGACAUCCUGGCGUACCUGAAGGAGAUAAAACCUGGAAUGAUUGUCUUAGUGGCCUCGUUUGAUUAUGUGGCAACAAAAAUGACAAAAGAAAUUACGGAGGUGUUCGUCGGAAUGGGAAGCACUUUGAUCAAGUCUGUAAAACACCGAGAUAACUGGGUGUUUGCUGGAAGAGCAGGGACCGAAAACAGAAGCGUCUUUGAGAAGCAUGCAGUUAAUGAUGAGAAAACCAACAUUUAUGAAAGAUGGCCGGAGAUGGUGGAGGUGGGCGGCUGUUUACCAAGGACCCAAACUGAUGGACAUAAACCUUAAAGGAAGUUUGUGAUGAAGAGGAGAAUACAACUUAUUUAAGACUUCUCUGGAAAAAUGAUGACACUCUCAAUAGUUUUACACUCUUUCUGAAACUCAGAACUUAUCUUCUUGGACUUAAUAUUUAUCUAAAAUGAUAUGUCUAUGUUACUGUACUUUGUAGUUUUACUACUGCUGUCUGUUCAUCCUGGAAGAUGGUUCCUUCUUCUGUUGCUCUUCCUAAAAUGUCCUUGAGUUUUUCUUUUGGUAUUCUGGGCUAUAUAAAUAAAACAUUUGACACAUUGACUUAGGCAACUAUUGUUGCUGGACUAUGGAAUAUGUCAACGGUUUUGUCCCUCGGGGAUAAAACCAACAAUAUUCUUCUUCCAGGUAGGUGGAGGAUCAUUUAUCAUUUAAUUAUCAUUGAAGACCAGAUGCUCAAGUUUUUGCGAUCUGCCCUCUUUUAUCUCAUAUUUCUCACUUUUUUCUUUACUUUCCAUUUGUUGGAUAUUAUUCCAUUUCAGUACCAGAAGUACUUAGAACCUUUACCUUAGUAAAAGCACAGAUAAAACCAUGUAAAAACACUCUGUUACAAGUAUUACUCCUGCAUUCAAAAUCCUACAUAAGUAAAAGUACUGAAGUAUUAUCAGUGUAACAAUGUGUAAUCAGCUUUUUACUGUUGUAGCUGGGCGAGGUGGUGCUAGUUUUAACUACUUUAUGUACAGUUCAGUAGUUUACUGGUUCGUGUCGGGCCCCCUCCAAAGGGUCACAAGAUAAAUAUGAGGGGUCUUGAUAUGAGUAAUGGGAGAGGAAAAAACUUUUUAACAAAGCUUUUGUUUUUUUAUGAAAUAUUUGACAUCUCUGGGUCUUGAGCAGUUACUGUAAACGCGACACUUUUAUAAGGGGUCACAAAGCAAAAAGGUUGGGAACCAACCACCUUUUUUAACAACACAGUGUACUUUAUAUGUAGUACUUGAGUGUAUGUACUUAGUUACCUUCUACCACUGCUGUGCACUAAAUAUUAUUCCAGCACUUUUGGCCUGUUCUCCAGAGUUUGUCUUCCACUUGGUUGCUGCUUCCCUGGGAGAAU